AGAAAAUGUGCCACGUGGUAAGGUAAGGCUUGAUAAUGGAGACAGGAAAAGGAGUGUUAAAGAGAAGAAUCAAGAGGUUAGAAGAACUUCUCGAGUCAGUUAAAAGUAGCAAAGAUACAGCCAAGAGUAGCAACCCAGAAUUGCUUUAUAAAUUGACCGAUACACUUUAUCUGUACAGAGAUGCUCCUUCAAUGAUACUAGUGCAGGAAAUAUUGAGAGAGCUCUGUAAUAGUAGAAGUAAUAAUGAAAAAUUGGUGGAAAUUUUAUUAAAAAUAUCAAAAACAUUUAAAGAUUGUAAUCGGGUAUCAAUGAGUAAAUGUGCUUUUAUUGGUUUGAAAUGGUGUGCUUUGUGUAACGUUUCGGGUACUCUAAUUAAUGCACAGUCUAACUUCCUCUGCUGCCUGUAUUUGAGUUCGAACUCCAAGUUAAUUAACAAAUACAUCAAGUUAUUAACAAAGGACAAAGACAAAUUGUUGAGUAUUUUACAUAUAUUAUUGGAAGCCACACCCACUUUUUACUACCUACCACUUUUGAAUAUAAUUUGUAAGUUUUGUAUUGAAAAUGGAAAGACGAAAGAGCAGCUGUCAGCAAAAAAGGAUGAAGUGAUUGGGUUUUAUAGUAAAAGUAUUUUUAAUUGUCGUGUUGUCAUUCCGGAGCAACUAGUGAUCUGUUGUACUCACGUGUUGAAUGAGAUUAGUCAUUCCAAGUUUUCUGAAUCAAUAUUCUCAGCUAGUUAUAAAUGUUUAUUAAGGAAUCCAGAUGAAUUGAUAAGAGCUGUAAGUUGUCUAUUUGUUAAUGUUGAUUUGGAUUUCAGUCGCUACGCAAUGGAAUACAUUAAGAACAUGUCAAGUCAGUUAUAUUCGGCUAAUGCCAGUACCAGAACAGCUGCUGUUGUAUUCAUUAAAAGAUUGAUUAAUAAUUGUUCUGAUGCCGGUUCUUGUAUUGAGCUAACUAAUUACUUAUUGAAUAUCUUGUAUGGAAAAGGACCCUCCGGAAAACUCUCUAACACUGAUCACAGACAGAACGUGCUUGAAAGUAUCAAGGUAUUUAGAGAGUGUCCAUUAGCAGCUCAAGGGAUGGACUCACUCUCCAACGUUAUUGUGGAGUCUCUUCUGCUCUACCUCAAGCAGGAAGCUCAUUCCGGUACACAGCUGCAUAUUGUCAGAACAAUUUCUUUGUUUUGCUCGUCUUUUAAAAAUGUUCCAAAUAAUUUAAUAUCUCAUUUAAAGUCGGCUUUAAGUUCAAAAGCCACACCUCCUCUAAUGAGAUUAUGCUAUUGGCAGUGUGUUGAUGAACUCUGUAAAGGAGAAAAUAAAUUAAUUAACGACUUUCUGAAUGUCAUUCAACAAGGAAUUGGAAGAGUUAAAACUGCUGGAGUCCAGAAUCCUGUGCUGGAGGAGGGCGUGACGUUGUCAUGGUUACUCAUGUCACGUGCUGCUGAUAAUGAUUCUCUUUCCUUGUGUCUUUCCAAGUUGUCUCCAUUAUUGGAUUCUGAUUGUUUUGUAAAUUCGAAGUUUCUUUCAGCUGCCGAUCAGCAAACUGUUAUUAAUAUCAUUAAUAUAUCAAGGUUCAUUUUAGUGACACCAUUACCUGGUCUAGUGAUAUCAUCAAUAAAUGAUUGGGUCUACAGUUUGGUCCAUAUUUCAUUAACUGGUUCCAGCUGGUCCGUACAGUCGCAGGCUAUGAAUAAUUUAAAAGAUUCAGUUCUCAUAUCUGAAGACAUCGUCUUUACCAUAAUAGAAUUGCUGGAGUCCACCAUUGACCAGGAGGACAUGAAAACUGAUCGAAUUGUUAACUUGAUAUUGAAGCUCCUGCUGACAGUUGCCGUGGUAACCACAGAUGAUAAUAAAAUCAAAUUUAUUGAGAAAUCAUUUCUAAUUGCACACCAUUCAUCACUUGUUUCUUUAUGUCGCUAUGGGCCAUGGCUCCUCCUCUAUAAAAGGUUGAAUAUUCCUUCAAUGUCUUCUCUCCUCCAACCUCUCUCCUCUCAACUCCAUGAGAAUGUCAACAGUCCCUCCUUCUCUACAAAGAACGGGCUCCAAUCUCUCAUUGCUAUAUAUGGCAAUGAAGUUAUACUAGCGAUAGUUAAUGUGAUUGUAAAGGGGUUGGGCAAGGAGGAGAUUAUGAGGGUCAGUUUGAGUGACAUGGAAAUAUCAGAAACUUCAGAGGAUGAACUUUACAAUAAAGAAUUGACAAAAUUGUUACACGAGAAUCUGAUUGGCCAGAGUUCAAUGUCAAAUGUCCAACGGAGCAACAAGGCUUAUUCUCACGAGGACCACGUCUGGGACCUAAAGACGUCCUCAGAACUGAAACUAAGAGCCUUACGAGAUAAGAGUAUCAAGGAAUUGAUUGCUGUAUCAUCUUUAACACAGUCUCAGCGAGAGAGGAUUGAGAAUGAGCUUGAUUUGGAAUCAAAGAUACGGAAAUCAGUUAACGCACUUAAGACAGAACUUGAUUUAAUUUGGUCUCUCUUUCGGUCCCUCCUUCAAUUAGGAGGCGUGGCCUUGCCGUAUUUUCAUCUUUUAUUGACACCGAUUUUAAACGGGAUCAAGUCUAUGCUGGCUCAGAAGAUUUGUGUUGACAUGUUGAAAAAUAUCUGUCUUGUCAUAUUCAAUGAUGAUAGAACAGCUCUUUUAUUUCUGUGGACUACGUUAAGAUUAGAAGCACCAAAAUUAUCUCCCCCUCGUACCUGGGGGGCUCCUCCCAUAACAAGUAAUAUCAAUACGUUAAUUGGUCUACUACCUAAGGAUCGAAUGGGUGUGGUCAACGAUACCAUAUGGUGUUACUCCUUUCCGUUAUUUAAGUGUAUUCUGGAGACUCAAGUUGAACUGGUUUCAGAAUCAGUUUCAGUAUCACUUCUUUGUUUAUCAAAUACUUGUAAACAAGCUCAUUCUGAUAUUUUUCCUGUAGCCGAUUUUCUUAGAUUAAUGGGUGUGGUUAUUGCUUCUAGAGCCACGCCUCUUCGUAGCAUAAAGUCUAAAAAAUUAGCCAUAGAUGGUUUUAAAUCUUUAAUUAAUAUUAUAAAUGAAGGCGGAGAUGGAGGGGGUGUGUCCAAUGAUGUCAUUAAUGUACUAGUUGAUGGAUUGCAGUCAAAUGAAGAUCUGUUGAGACAGACCUCAUUACAUGGACUCGAGUUAUUGUAUAAUAAAAUAAUUAGCAGUGAUAAUAUUUCAGGAAACCUCCAGGCAUCUUUAUUAGUGUGUUGCCAUGACGUCAUUCCUGACAAUAACCAGCUGGCAACAAAGUUAUGGCAAAGGUUUGGUUUUUCAAAAGGUUCUAAAGAUAUCCUCAGUCCUCUGUUCUCGCUAGUCACUGACCCGCCCCCUAGUUACCAUAAGCUCCUCCCGGCAACGGCUCAAGCCCUGGGCCAAUGGCUAGAAGAGAAUAAAAAUGAAAUUGAUUUCUUGUACAAUAAACUCGUAAUAAUAUACAAGUCAAAAAUAAAACCACCUGUUCCAACUGCAGACAAGUUUGGUCGGACCCUAUCCAUUGAUUAUAAGGACCCCUGGGAGGGUAGAGUGGGUGUGGCCAAGUGCUUAGCGGAAUUCCCUGCCCAUCAGUCACGUGACCAGUGCAUGACAAUGUUACUAUUUAUAAUUCCGCUCGGACUGAGUGACGCUAAUGAAGAGGUGAGGGAGAACAUGAAGGAAACUGCACUGUCAGCAAUAUCUGUACACGGAGAGGGCUUGUCGGCUGACCUGAUGAAUCAUUUUGAGACGUGUUUAAGUAGAUUAGAUGAUUCCAAAUCAAGUGAUAUCACUCGUCAAUCAAUAGUUGUGUUAAUGGGAUCACUGGCUAAACACAUGGACAAAGGCGAUCCUAAAGUUCGCACUGUUGUUCAGCUUUUAUUGACUAAUCUGGAUACUCCAUCACAAACUGUUCAAGUGUCUAUUGCUGAGUGUCUAGUUCCGCUGUUUGUUGUAAUGAAAGAUGAGGCUCAGGAGACUAUUGACAGUUUAUUAAAUAAAUUAUUCACUUCACCAGUUUACAGUCAGAGAAGAGGAGCAGCCUAUGGUCUGGCUGGUAUUGUGAAAGGUCUUGGGAUUCCUUCGUUAAAGAAGUACAAUGUAACUCCUCGGCUCCAGUCGGCACUCACCAACAAGAAGGAUUACAAGGAGAGGGAGGGAGGCCUUUUUGCUUUUGAGGCUUUUUGUGACAUGUUAGGGAAACUCUACGAGCCAUAUGUCGUCCAUCUUUUACCGGAUUUAUUAUUAGCCUUUGGUGAUGGGAACAAGUAUGUCAGAGAAGCAGCUCAACUGGCUGCAAGGACAAUAAUGUCUAAUUUAAGUGGACAUGGUAUGACCCUGAUAUUACCGGCUCUUUUAAACGCACUUCAGCAAGACAGCUGGAGGACUAAGGCUGGAUCCGUUGAGUUGCUUGGUACAAUGGCCUAUUGUGCUCCUAAGCAGCUGUCAGCUUGUCUCCCAUCGAUAGUACCGAAAAUAAUGGAAGUUCUUGCUGACUCGCAUAGUAAAGUCCAGCUGGCAGGUACCGAGGCUUUGAAACAGAUUGGCUCCGUUAUUAAGAGCCCUGAGAUAAAGCCAUUGAUUCCUCUAUUACUUGAGGCACUGACCAAUCCGUCAGUAAAGACACAGCCUUGUCUCCAGUCCCUCCUUCUCACUGAAUUUGAACACAAAGUUGAUCCUCCCUCUUUAGCCCUCAUUGUACCCACCAUUAGACGAGGACUGGAACUGAGAUCUGCCGAGAGCAAGAAAGCAGCUGCUAAGCUAAUAGCACUGCUGUACGGGGUAACGGAUUCAAAGGACCUCUCUCCUUACGUUAAGGAGUUAGUCCCUGGUAUCAAACAAAGUCUGACUGAUCCAUUGCCUGAGGUUCGUAGUACAUCAGCUGAAGCUCUAGGGUCCAUGGCUAGUGGUGUUGGUUCUGAUGCCUUGAAAGACCUGUGGGCAUGGCUAUUCAAAACACUGCAAAGUGAUGAUACUCCAGUAGACAGAUCUGGAGCUGCUCAGGGAAUUGCUCAUCUCCUUAAAUCACAAGGGGUGGAGCAAUUGCAUCAGUUCAUGCCAAGGUUCAUUCAGUCGGCUCAAGACCCUCACUCGUCUACGAACUCAAGGGAUGGGUUCUUAAUGCUCUUCAUUUACUUGCCGCAAUUAUUCGGGAAAGACUUCUUACCUUUUAUUGAUAAAAUAUUACCACCAAUUCUAAAGGGGCUUGCCGAUGAGUCUGAAUAUGUCAGAGAUACCUCGUUGCUGUCUGGUCAAACUAUUAUUAAUAAUUAUGCUGAACAGUCAGUGGAUCUCUUCCUCCCUCAGUUAGAGAAAGGUCUACUGGAUGACAACUGGCGUAUCCGUUGUUCCAGCGUUCAGCUGCUUGGUGACCUUCUCUUCUGUAUUUCUGGUCAAAGUGGGAAAAUGUCUACUGAGAGUUCUGAAGAUGAUAAUUUUGCUAGUGAAGAAGCAACUCAGUCAAUAGUGUCAGCCCUCGGAGAAGAUAAGAGAAAUAAAGUACUGGCAGGAUUAUACAUGGGCAGGUCUGACGUGGCACUACUAGUGAGACAGCAUUCUCUUCAUGUGUGGAAGCUCAUAGUCACCAACACUGCUAAGACACUCCGCGAGAUACUACCAACUUUAAUCAACAUAUUAUUGUCCUGCCUUGCAAGCCCUGUCUACGACAAGAGGCAGGUUGCUGGUCAGACUUUAGGUGAUUUAGUACGUAAGCUUGGAGAGAGGAUCUUACCCGAGCUGUUCCCAAUGUUGGAGAGAGGACUGAAGUCAAACAUAGCUCAAGAGAGAGAAGGUGUCUGCUUUGGAUUGUCACAGAUUAUCCUAGAGACGAGCAGAGAGUACAUGAACAUGUACUCAUCUUCUCUCAUUCCAAUGGUACGGUCUGCCCUCUGUGACAAGGAGAGUGAUGUCAGAGGUGCAGCUGCUAAGACUUUUGAAAGUUUACACUCAGCAGUAGGUAACAGUAUCCUGGAGCCAAUACUGGGCCCUUUACUGGACCAGCUGGGUAAAGCAGAGGAAGGUAAAAGAGAGAUUAUUUUGGACGCCCUCCAGCAGGUAAUGGCUGUAAAGAGCAACGUUGUUCUACCAAUGAUAAUACCAAAACUGACCCACCAACCUGUUAACAUGAAAGCUCUCUCUCUUCUCUCAUCUGUUGCUGGACACUCCAUUUAUAAGUAUCUUAAUAAAGUGAUACAAGCUAUUGUAACAGCACUACAGAAGAAAGACCAGGUUGAUGAUAAUUUACCUUAUGCUGUUGAUGUGGUGCUCAGUAUUACAGAGGAGCCUGGAGUGUCUUUAUUAAUUGAUGAGUUAUUAAUAGGGAGGAAGUCCAGUCAUGGGAAGAGAGUAGCGUCACUAAUGUUACUUAGGUCAUUUUGUUCUGAGACAAAGGCAGAUCUUAAAGACCACACCCCUCAAUUAUUAAUAUAUUCAAUUGAAGCAUUAGCAGAUAAUAAUGAUGCUGUUUGUGAGUGGGCGUGGCUUACUCUAGAGGCCAUUGUGACAAAGGUCAUUCCAGUCAAGCAGUUGCCUAGUUACAUCUCUAAUGUUCAGAAAGGGUUAAAAACAUGUCAGUCAAUAAUUAAAGAUAACGAAGUUGAUGAAUUAAACGGAUUUAAAUUAAAAGGGAUUGGGCCAAUACUCACCAUUCUAAAAGAAGGCUUGGUCUCGGGUAACCAUGACAACAAGGAGGAAAGUGCCCAUUGCCUUAUUCUUGUUAUUCGCAUGUCGUCAACGGCAACGCUCACUUCUGGACGAGUUGUCAUGGCAAUAGCAGGUCCGUUAAUACGAGUCCUUGGUGAUAGAUAUGGCGGGAAUGUUAAAGUCUCAGUGUUGGAAACUUUAGUGGAGCUAGUUAGGAAGGUGGGUGUAGCUGCCAAAGCAUUUAUUCCUCAGCUCCAAACAUCCUAUUUGAAAUCACUGGUUGAUCCGAAUCAACCCGUGAGAUCUCAAGCUGUUACUGGAAUCAUUGAAUUAGUUGAACUCUCACCUCGUGUUGAUUCCGUUUUUAAUGAGAUUCAUAGCUCAAUUAAGAAAACUGAAGACACCUCGCUAAGAAAUACAUUAUUAGAAGCCCUCUGUGGUGUGUUAAAGUCAGCUGGUAAAAGAAUGAGCGACAAACACAAGUUAGAUAUUAAGGACACUUUGAUCCAGCUGCAGAAUACAGUCCAUGAGGGGAACAGAUUCAAAUCUGCUAAUUGCCUUGGGAUAAUUUUAAUGUAUUUAUCUGAUGCACAGCUGGUAGAUAUUAUGAAGAAUGAUGUUAUUAAUUUGACUGGAAUCGGUGAUUGGGGCGUACUACAAUCGAAAGGUAUCACCUUGAAAUCAGCCAUUGACACUGAUACUGAUCGGAUCAUUGAUUGUGAUCUUAAAGAUGAUAUGGAAUCAGCUAUACUACAACUAGCAAACUCAGACAGAGUGCCUGUUUGCAUAACCGGUUUGGAUUGCAUUACUAGUUUUAUUAACCAGUUUAAGGAGACUCCGCCUACAUUUCUUGUGGCACUGACUGAUUGUCUGACUAAUGUAUCUUCGGACGUUCGUCAGUUUGCUUGUACUUGUUGUGGGAACGUUAUGAAUCCUUCUGAUGAGUUCCUUAAGACCAUGAUAGGACCUCUCCUGGUUUGUACUAAGGAUAAGAACACAGCUGUAAAGACGGGCUCGGAAAGAGCUCUUAUUGAUGUAUUGUUAUUGAAGACAGAGAAUAACAGAAUGAAGUAUUGUAUGGAUCUGUUGGAUGGCCCUACUGCCAGAAGAUUGGAAGAAUGUCAUUCGCGUGUGCUUAGCAAAAAAAUAUAAUCAAACUGAUCAUUAUUUUUUGAAUUAAAAACAAUCAAAACAAUUAAUUUUAUAUUAUGACAUUAAUUGUGAGCUAAGUGAUAGUGAUGCAAUGUGCAAGUAUUGCAGCUGCUGUUAAAUUGGUAAACAGUUUUUCUGUUUUACAACAUACCAAA